AUGGCCAUGCAAGUUGAGUUCCAUGGUCGGUAUUCCGUUGAGCGACUGUGCCGCCUCAACAACUACGUGCAGACAGCGAGUCUUUGUCGAGUGAUGUCUGUAGCUGUAUUGUCUCCUCUACCCUGCCUCAUAUUGGCAAUUAUGGUCGAAGCUGUUCCGCUGACAGCGCCCGAAGCUGGAGUUCGCGCCAACUGGGUCUUCCUGAUUCGCUUCGGCUUUGUUGCGGGUCUCAUGGUCGGCUCAAUGGUUUUCCAAAUGGGUCAAAAUGUACCAGCUUUGAUAGUGAAAACUCGACAUAUAGUCACUAUCGCUGUACUGUCAGCAGGUGCAUCAGUCGUAACUCUCUACGCAGUGGCUUCGGCCACCGUAUUCCCAGUGCCCUUUACCAUGCUUUUAGCGUCACCCCCGUCCAUUGUCGUGUAUGGAGUAUGCUUCGCAAUUUUUUGGGGUGCUCAAUUCAAGGCAAACUCGUCGAUUCAGAAAGAAAUGGAACAGCAGACGGCGGUGUUGAAUUGCCAGAUAUCACUUACACUAAUCUACCCGAUGUACAUAUUCGGAUUCACUUCGUUUACUGGUGUCUAUCAAACGAUAUUUGUUGUGGUACUCCCUAUCAUCAAGUUGAUUGCCAAAAACUGGGUUAGCCGUGCUCUUGCCGGUCACAAUGAUUGUAAACCAGAAGCCGUAAUUUUCAAUGUGGAUGUGUUUAACGCACUAUACAUUGCGAAUGCGCUUCAAGUGGCCUCAACCCAAGCUUCGACAGUAACUAUUAUGGUGGUGGACCUGUUGCACUUCUGGGUUUCAAUGUUUGACGUGGUAGAGGUCCUGAGCAAAGUGAAGGUGCUCAUGGCGAAGAUACCAGAGGGGCAUCCAAUUGGCAGAGAAAAUUUCUUGCAGAUAGCGAUGCGGUUAUUGGAUCACGAAACGCAGCAAAUGUCAAAAAUCAGUGCAUCGCAUCCGACUCGGAAAAGUAGGCUUGAAUCUUGGGUAAAUACAAACGCAAAGAAUAACGUGAGUCGUCUAAGCGAGCAUGAAGACGAUGAAACAAACGAAAAGGCUAGCCAAACGAGGAAACCAUCUCUCGGAACACGAGUUCUUCCUGUCGUUCCAGUACAAAAUCAACAACCCGUGCGUCUGUCAACUGGAACAGAAACACAAUCGAAGUUAGAUCAAAGCUCGUGUAUUGAACUUCCAGAGGUGUUUUCGAAAAAGGAACGCGCAUUAUUCAUUCGUCAAAGCGCCCGGGUGCUCUUUAUCACGGAGUAUCUUGUUCUUAUGGAGUACAUCGAGGUGGUUCUCCCGCUACUGUACUGUGCUCAUCACAUGAUCGUGUAUUAUCUGCAUAACCGCGCUUACUACCCACCAUUAGCGAGUCUUUCGAGUUCCGAGCUGAACUCGACCAUCUCUCGCGUUUUGAUCUACAGUUCAUUGGAAUUUGCGUCGCUGGUUAUGGCGAUGUUUUUGUUGAAACGAAAUCUAGGUUUUUUACCCACUGGCCAACUAUCGUUCGUACUAGAGAACCAAGCAGGGAUUAUCCAGGGAAAGCUGCUUAUUCUUUUCAUCUACGUCAUGCAGAUUUCGUUGGUUCACAUCGGUGCUGACUUUAGCUUUAAAUUCGCAUGGCUACAUGAUUCUAAGCCGAACAACUGA